UUCUUUCGCGCUCUCCCAUUUCCUCUUCCAUCUUUGUCUUGUUGUUUUGUCUCGCGUGUUUGCAAAAUCGACGUUUCCAUUCACUUUACGACCGCAUUCCUUCGCGAACGCUCCCUUCACUUCUUCCCAAAGGCGUGUUGACCGCGAUUUCACUUCUCCUCCCUUCACCAUCCAUUCUUUCACCAUUAGAGUUGACCAAUAGUAGUGCCUUCACAGUUGCACAAUAGCUAUUGUUUUCGAAAAUUUGCAUAUCGGCUUUCGAUCAUUUUGUAUUGUCCAUCGCUGCACAAUACUCGCCACUAUCCUUAUUUGUUCAUAAGUUCUGGCGCGUAAAUCGGAAACAUUUUUCCAUUUCGAACACUGCUCCUAGAUCUACUACAAGAGAAUUUAUACCAGCCAAUAUUUCGACUCUGCAACCAUGCAUCCGCACAUCCUUAGAAGACCCCACACGGCGCUGGCCGCCUUUCUUUCCCUAGGAUCCGUCACGGUAGCUCAGGAAAAUGGUGGCUCAGGAUAUUCAAUACAGAGAAACAUGUCGUACGACAAGUUCUGGGAGCACUUCAAUUUUUAUUCAGGCCCAGACCCGACAGAAGGACACGUACAGUACUUGCCCAAGGAGAAGGCCUUCGAUUUGCAAUUAGCCGCCAAUUAUGAUGAUACUGGUUCAGUCUACCUAGGAGCCGAUUCCAUGAACAGCGACCCUAAAGGCCGUGAAUCAGUGCGAGUGGAAGGCAACUUCAACCUCAACCAAGGUCUUCUGAUUGCCGACAUUGCCCACAUGCCAACCAAUGAAUGCGGUUCCUGGCCUGCAUUCUGGCUUCUUGGACAGGAGGAAUGGCCCAAGGGUGGUGAAAUCGACAUCCUCGAGGGCGUCAACGACCUUGACCGUAAUGCCGUAACACUUCACACUUCGGAAAAGUGUAUUGUCGACAACAGCACCUCUGGCGAUCCCAACGCCAGUCCGAAUGGCAACACACAAGAUCUCAGCUUCUCGGGUCAUCUGGCCACAAAAGACUGCGAUGUUAACGCGGCAGAUCAGGGCAAAAACGUGGGCUGCUCUAUCAAGGCCCUUCCAGGGAAUUAUAACCUUACCUUCCCAGACUUGAACUCCAACUUCACUGUGGAGAACAUCACAAGACCCCCGGGUGGCAACCCUCCUACAUACGGAGCAAACUACAACUAUAACGUAGGUGGAGCCUGGGCCACAGAGAUCCUGUCCAAGUCCAUCACAACAUGGUUCAUUCCCUUCCCCGACACGGAAAAGAUCAAUUGGGAGUCCCCGGACAUCUCUACCUUCGGCAAGCCCAUCGCCAAGUUCACCAGCACGGAAUGUGAUUUCGAGCAACGCUUCAAGGAUAUGCGAAUCAUCUUCAACAUAGCAUUCUGCGGUCAAUGGGCCGGCAAGGAGUGGGAGUCAGGCGGCUGUGCGGCGAAGACGGGCGUUGGCUCUUGCAACGAUUACGUCUCGAAGUACCCAGAGAAGUUCCGCGAGUCCUACUUCGAGAUCUACGAUAUGUACUGGUACGAGAAGGGUGGCAACGGCAACUCGACCAUGCCAGCCCCGUCAGGCUCUCAGAGUUCAGCCCUGUCGAGCACGCAGACUACGGGUGCCCCACAGAUGGAAGCUACGCAGCCGGGCGCGGUGCCGACAGGGCCUCCUGCGUCUGAAUCAUCAUCUUCGUCUUCGGUAUCAUCUUCGUCGUCCGCGGCACCAGGCUCGCCCUCAUUUGAGCCUCAGCCUCAGCCUCAACCUCAGAGGAGACGCCGAUCUCUUGUGCACUCCAGUGGAAGGACGUACAAGUGGUAAAGGAGCUUUUGUAAGCAUCAAUACUCUUGAGAUGCCGCUGAUGUGAUCAUGCCAAUAUUUCAAAUCUCAUAGCCAGGUCGGGAUUUUCUCUAUAGCGUUGUCUUUUCAUUUCAUUACUUUAACCGCCCAAUGUUUCUGGGUUUCAUGUUACUGUCUAUUCUUCAGCAUGUUCAAUACCCCCCUGAUAGACCAUACAUCUCCAUCUCAUCAACUAUAUAUCGUCAAGUAUUUACGUGCGUUUGUAUUCUAGAAUAGGC